UUUUUUUUUUUUUUUUCAAAACUUUUUUUUUGUAAUUAUUGAAAAAAAUUGUAAAUUUUUUAUUAGUUGAAAUUCUUAUUUAUGUUUCUACUUUAGAACAAUAAUAUAUAUUUAUAAAAAUGUUAUUUAAUGAUUAACUAUAAUAUAUUUUUUAAUUCACUGCUUGUUGCAUUUGUUUGAAUGCUUUUUUCAAAAAUUUUGAACCUCUAAGAUGACCCCACCCUAAGCAAGUAUCGCAGAAAAUCCAAUUUGACCAAACAUCGAUCGACGUCAUUUAAUGAUUUUGAUAUGCAAUCAAUUUUUAUACCACUCCUCAUCUUAUUCGGAUCUAACCUCUAUCAAUUGAAAAAAGUGUUGACAAUGUUGUUGAAUGUUACUAUACCUACGUAAAUACAUUAUUGUAUAAUUAUAUUUUGUUUGUUUAUUUUUAUUUCUUUACAAUGUAAUUUUUAUACUCAUUUUCCAAAAUAGUUUUUGAUUUUCCAUGAAUGUAGUAUACUCAUACAUAUUUAGUUAUUUAAUAAAAAAAUACAUAAAUUUUUAAAUAAAACAUGUGAUUGUGAUACGCAAAAAUGGAUAAAGAAAAUAAUAUAAUUGGAUAUUGGAUAUCAGAAAAAAAACAACAGAAAUUAAAUUGGAAGGAAUUUAAAAAUAUCUGUGAACAGAAAGGUUUUAUAUUGAAACAAAUCAAUCUUGAUAAUAAUCUUGAGUCUCAAGGACCAUUCCAUGUCUUCCUUCAUAAAUUAACUGAUACUUUAGCAUUAGCGGAGUGUGGUGAUCAAAAUGCCAAGAAAAUUGUAACUAAAGUUCAAGAAUUUUUGAAUAAAUAUCCAGAAAUGAUAUUAAUCGAUCCUUUUGAAAAUGUUAAAAAUUUAAAUAAUCGUCAGAAAUCUUAUGAAAUGUUACAUGAAGAAAUUAUAUCCAAUGAUAUAUUUGUUCCAAAUUCAGUUGAAUUGAAAUCUGAGAUUGCUGAUGAAAAUUUAAAGCACUUAAGAUUAUCCUGUAUUAAAUUUCCUUUUAUUUGUAAACCAUUAUUUGCUCAUGGUUCUAGUGAUGCUCAUAAGAUGAUGGUAAUAUUCAACGAAAAAGGUCUAAAGAACUGCCAAUUACCAUGUGUGGCCCAAAAUUUUAUCAAUCAUAAUGCUAUUUUAUACAAAGUUUUCAUUGUUGGAAAAUAUUUUCAUCUUGUUGAAAGGCCAAGUCUAAAAAAUUUUUAUCCAAGUGAUUGUGAAUCAUUGAACACAUUAUUUUUCAGUUCACAUGAUAUUUCAAAGAGUGGUUCUAAUUCACAAUGGUCAGUGAUAUCAAAAGAAGAUAAAGCAUUAAGAAUUAAGCCUAAUCAUGAAAUAAUUCAAGACAUGGUUACAAAGAUAACAAAAAUCUUUGGACUGACUCUUUUAGGCGUUGAUGUUGUAAUUGAAAAUCAUACUGGAAAAUAUGCGAUUAUUGAUGUCAAUGUUUUUCCAGGAUAUGAUGGUUAUCCGCAUUUUUUUAUUCAUUUAAUUGAAACAAUUCAAGUUUUUAUUGAUGAACAACGUUUAAAUCAUAAUAUGCAUUGCUUGAUAUUAAAAAAAUGUAUGAAUGAUGAACUAGAUUCUGGAUUUGAAAGUGAUGAUAAAAAAAAACAAUCAAUAAAAUAAAAAUUUUAAUAAUAAAUUAAACUUUUUAAGUACAAGAAGAUUAAUUUAACAUAGAAUGAUUGCUAUUUUUUAUAUUUAUUAAUAACUAGUCAGAGAAAAAAAAAAUAAUAAAAGUUCAUUCCAAUUUUAUAUGAUGAUUUAGGUAGACGAAUUAAUACCCUAUCACUCCAUAUAUUUGUAUAUCUAUAUUUAGUAAAUAUAGAUAUAAAAAUACAUGAGUGAUCGAGUACUAGUUCCCUGAUCAGGUACUGG